GUUCUGUGCAAGAUGGCAGUGUUUUGUUUGUAACGUUUGCCGGUGGCAUCUCACGUUUGUUUACAAACUGUAGUGAUUAGUGAUUACCAUCUAUAUCGUGUAUUUAUGUUACAGAUGGCGACGGUCACUGACUUUUACUGUGACAAGAGCAUCUUCAUUACUGGAGGGACUGGUUUCAUCGGGAAGGUGCUUGUGGAAAAGCUGCUGAGAUGCUGCGACGUCAGGCGGAUAUAUUUACUCAUGAGGCCACGCGGUGGCCAGGGCAUGAAGCUAAGGAUGAGGCAGUACAUCAGUUCCAGGGCAUUCGACAAUAUUCGAGCGGACCCACACCUCUUUAGUAAGCUUCAAAUGAUGCGUGGUGAUUUGCUGUCAGAAAACCUGGGCCUAUCUGCUCAAGAUAAGCAGAUAUUGCUGGAUGACUGUCAGAUUAUCUUCCACUGCGCGGCGCAAGUCAAGUUUGACGCAAAUAUUCGUGAUGCUGUAAACAUGAAUGUGACAGGAGUCCAAAGGAUGUUAGAACUGGCUGCCACUCUGCAUCGCUUAGAGGUGUUCGUCCAUAUGUCGACCACAUUCUGUCGCGCGGAUCUGCCCGUAUUGGAAGAAGUUCUGUACCCAGUUAAGCAUCAGCCGUGUGACGUGAUACGUGCCACGCAGUGGAUGGAUCUUGAUACUUUGACUCUUAUGGAAAAGAAAUUGAUAGCACCACAACCAAACACAUACAGCUACACAAAGUCUCUGGCGGAAGAACUAGUCUCUCAGUAUGCAGGCAAAUUCCCCAUUGCCAUUGCACGGCCAUCUAUUGUAACGGCGUCAUUAAAAGAACCUCAUCCCGGAUGGGUUGAUAACAUGAACGGACCAACCGGUAUCAUCGUUGGAGCUGGGAAAGGAGUUAUUCGUUCGAUGCUCUGUGAUCACAAGCAGCAAGUGGAUGCGUUGCCAGUAGAUUUAGUAGUCAACGGGUGCAUUCUACUCGCGUAUAAGACAGCAUUACAGAGACCCAAGGAAAUUGUUGUGUUCAACCUCGCCCGGUCUGACAAAAAUCCCAUUACCUGGGGUGAAGCUAUUGAUCUAGCUCGCUCGAACGUCGCAGAAUACCCAUUUACCAUGCCGCUGUGGUACCCCGGGGGUUCGCCGAAGACGAACAAAUUUCAUCAUUACAUCGCUGUCCUCUUCACACAUUUGCUGCCUGCCUAUCUCGUAGACUUCUAUCUCAUUUUAGCCGGCCAUAAACCAUUCCUAGUUACCAUACACAAACGAGUGAACUACGGCCUCCGAGUCCUUCAAUACUACACGGUCCAAUCCUGGAGAUUCACAAAUGAACGCUAUCUGUCCCUAAGCAAUACAAUCUCUAAGGAGGAAGAUGAAGUCUUUUAUACUAAUCCCGAGGCUAUCGAAUGGAACAGCUACGUGCGCAAUUAUAUCAAGGGUGCGAGGGAGUUCUGUUGUGGCGAAGACCCGGCAACAUUGCCACAAGCGAGACAACUGCAUCAAAGAUUAUUCUACAUGGACCUACUUCUGAAAAUAUUCUUAACAUGUUCUUUAUUGUACUUCGUUAGUUAUGUUAGUUUGAAAGUAUCUAGUAUUUUUUAAUUUUAAUCAUAUAGUAAAACCUGUCUGAAAAUUCUUUAUAUUAUAGAAUUUAUAUAUUCUUCACGCGUAAACGGAUAUUGCUAAAAUGAAAUAUGGAUUAAUAGCUGAUAUUAUUCGGUUUCUUCUGGUUUGUAUCUCUAAUCUCCAAUACAGCUGACCAGCAAUAUGACAGCUCUUUGUUCCAACUUUCUAAAGUAUAUCCAAGUUGAGAUGAAGCGCUAAAGAUGACUUCUGUAUGUUCCAUUCAAAGUCGUUGAAAGUGCAGUCUCGACAUUGAAUGUUACCUAGAAGUUCGGUUAGCUAAUCAUUCACCAAAAUCAGGCUAUAAAUUAGGAAGCUUCAAAAAUUUCACUGUUCUUUAAAUAUUUUUUCAUUAUUAAUUUAUUAGAGACUAACUGUGUCUAAAGUUUUUUCGGUAAAUAGACUUUUGAAUGCUAAUAUGUUCGGUAAUAUCUCGCUUUUUAGAUCACAUAUUUAUAGUUUCUAAGAAUUAUGAUAGCUAUCGGUAUUAAGUAUUAUAAAGCAUGCGGUAUUUGCCUGUUUGCAACAAUUAGUUUUUAUUGUUAUUUUGCUUGUUCCUAGACGUAAGAAUGUAAUAAUAAUGGCAAACCUCUUUAAAUAAAUAACUUUAUUAUCUUCGGGACAGUUUAAUGUGAUCUAUAUUACUUACUACGAAUAUAUGUACCUUAGACAUAGUUCAUAGAUUUUAAUUAUAAUAUCUAAAUAAAUAAUUUGAUAUCUGAA